UCUAUAUGUGUAUGUUAUACAUCAAGACUUUGUAGAUUAUAAUAGAACGUGUGGAGUAGUGUAUGCAUUUUAACCUCUUUAACAAUAUACGUUUGAAACGUAUAAUUAUGAGAAAGUAAUCGAAGCAAUGAAUAAAAUGUUGAAAUCAAUGAAAUUUGGAAAGAAUGCUUUCCUAAAACUUAGAAAUUCAAGAACACAGAAAAGAUUAUUUCUUACAGAAGCAUAUCAGUGUCAAGAAGCAUGGGAUCGCAGACUCGAUUCGCCUAUAUUGCAACAAAUAAAACCUGCAGAUUUGUAUUUCGAACUUGAAUCUAAGUUUAAUAAUGUUGGAAAAGUUAGUGCAAUUGACAUUGAUAUUUUUGCUAAUAUUAUCAAAGAUAAAUUGCAAGGAAACGAACUUAUCGAUUUGCUUUACAAAUUAAGAUUAUCUUCUGAAGCGUGUAAUAUCCUAGAAUCUACACACCACGCUGUUAUACGAUUUUUUCUUAGUCAUAAUAAUAUCGAUGACCUUUUUGAAAUAUUAAAUGACAGAUUAAAUUAUGGUAUUUUUCCUGAUUAUUUUUGUUACAAUAUACUUAUGGAUAAAUUCAUAAAAGACAAGGAUUUUGCUUCAGCAGCUAAGGUAGCAGGAUUGUUGAUGCUUCAAGAAGAUUCAGGUCAUCCAAUAUCCAAUGCAUUAUCUGUAUACUCUUGUCAUAGAUACUUAGAAAAUCCUAGUGAUUGGAAAAUUCCUGAAAUUAAGGAAGACGAUUCUAAAGAAGAAAUUAAAGUACGUGUUAGUUAUAUAAGAAAUCCAUAUUUUGAUGACCAUUUUGAUCUUAUUGAUCCAUUGAAAAUUGUUGGUAAAACCUUAGUAUUUCAAGGAAGACAUAUGAAUAAUUCUUUAGGAAGAACUUGUCAGUUAAGAGGAAUGAUCCUAUAUCAAAAAUACGAUAAAGCAAGAGAACUAAUAAACAAGUGGUUAACUGAAAUUAAUGAAGAAAUUGUUCAUGAAGAAGUUUUUGAUUUGAUUAAACGAGAUAAUGCAAAUAUCCCUGAAGAUCAAGUAACAGAAGACUUAAAGAAUUUACAAGUUCUUUUGGAUACAUUAAAGAAUAAGGAUUUACAUAAAGAAAAUUUUCUAGAAAGGAUAGAAAAUGAAGUUAAGUCUGCAGUUAAUCAAUGUAUUGAAACAGAUAUAUCUCAACAAAAAGAGAUCUUUCUUGAAUGGGAAAAAAAUAGAGAAGUAACAUUGAAGGAACAACAGACAUUGUUGGAUAAACAAUUAAGAUUAGAAAAUAUAAAGAAGAUGAAGGAGGAAUUAGAAAAGAAGGAGAGAUUAUUAACCUUUUUCGAAAAUGAGGAAAAGAUAGAAUUAGAAAUAGAGAAAAAACAAGAAAUAGUUAGGAAGGAAGAUGAGAAAUUAGCGAAAAAGCCUCAUAUAGUAAAGAAAUUAAAGAAAUUAGUCGAACAAGAAGUUUAUAUACCACCAAAUAUUUAAACUUCGUGAUAUUAUCAACUUUUAAUUGAGAUUAGGUGAAUAUUAUGUAACAUAAAAAUGCAGUAGAGAUAAAAAAUAAAUGAAAAACUUUUUAAGAAUGAAAUGUAAAACCACACAAACAUAGGUUAUUCACUUUAUAGUAAUAUUUAAUCAACGAAUCAUUUUUUAACAUUUUAGUAUAAAGAAAAUGCAUAAAAAAAUUGUUAUAAUCAUCGUAAAUAACAUUUCAUUUUGUAUGUAUUAUCAUUUGUACAUGCUUAUUUAAAAACAACUUUUUUUCAGCAGUUAUUACAAAGAAUUAUUAGAAUUUUUUUCAAAGCUUUAUGUUUACAAGGAAUAUGAAAGUUUAUACUAUUGAACUUUAUACUAAAAAAAGAUUAGGCUUUGUAACAACAAUAUUUCUUGAGCACUUGUGCAUAUUGUUUUCCAUUGUAUAUUUGGAGCUGGAAGCUGUAUUAUUUAAAUGUCAAGUGCUCCAGGCUGAGGCACAUUUUUUGCAGCAUAUUUAUACAGCGUCCUUUAUAAUUAAUACAUCCAUGAAUAACACUAAGUUAUUAAAGUUGUGUACAAGGCUUGCAUAACUAUAAAAGUAUUUGUCCAUUUAGUCUUGUAUUUAAUGAUUAAUAUUCACCUGAAUAUUCUGUAACAACGUUUUCAUGUCAAUUUCUUUACAAAAUUUUAAUAAACCUAUCUCGAAACGAA